UGCUUCAUGUUGGUAGCAUUGGGCUACGCAAUGUUUGAUUUUUGAUUGAUGUAAUAGGCGCGUUUUGCCAGGUGAUUUUUAGUAAACAAUGAAUCGGUAAAUAAAAAGUUCUUAACAAUCGCUAAUGAAUUGUAAAUCAAGCUUAAAAAAAGGGUUAUAUUUAUGAACUGAAACCAUGGAACCGCCUUCGCCAUGGAAGCGGCCCAACGAAGUUAUGCAGCUGCACAAGCUGAAAAAGCGAAAAAAAGCGUUACAGGAACGCAUGAAGCAACCCUCCCAACCAACCUCAGAUGCAUCAGGCAGCCAAAAGCCUGUUGAUUUAGAUUUUUCAAGAAUCCUAGAAGGAGAGAAAAGGAAAAAUCCAUUUUCAAAGACAAAACCUGAACAAAAUAAGAAACCAAAAUUAGAAGUUGAAGACCAACUAGAUGAGUCUAACGACAAGACCCUGUAUGCUCUCCUCAACUUACCUGCAAAGGUUGUGGAGAAGCCAGCCAAGGAUGUGGACACGGAGAAACUAUCUACAUUCUCCAACCUAUUACAGAAAUUCACUGCUGAACACUCCGUGGAGCCAAUACCAGAGAAGAAAUACAAACACUUACCUAUUGAUUGGGCUUUAAAAACUAAAGUAAGAUUGAUGUCACCAAAACCCUUUGCAUGGACCUCCAAAUUGAAGGCUAGUGAGGAAGCAUCUGGUAUUACUGGAUUCGUCCGCUGCCUCGACACGACAGCAUCACCGACUCUAGACACGUCACCGCGCGCUCGGUUCCACCAGGCCUGCUUAUACUGGCAACACCCACACUUGCCGUGGCUGGACCUCUACCCAAGGUCGUCAGGGAAGGUUGCCGCCACCAGCUUCAUGGCUACCAACGAGGAUGUUAAGCAAGCUCUGCAUACUGAGUGGACGGAGAGCUUUAGGUCUUUGUUUCAGUUGCUCCGUGCACUUCACUGCCCGUAUUUCUACGUGUGCGCGAACACUUUCACGUGUCUAUUCCGCGCGGCCGGCCUGUGCGGAGUGUCCGAACCCUGUGCCUUAAUCGCACCCACCACCAGGGGCUUUAGGCAGAUAUUACGACAGGAAGACGUAGAAUACACAAUGCCGCUCCGGCCCGACAGCAAGAAGAAGCUAAACACGUCAGACGACGAUAGACCAAAGAAUUCAUCCAUCGACAGCUGUUACGAUACGAUGGACGACAAAUGUACGCAGGAUGCCAUGGACAGGAAGGAUGACGAGGAUGAAGAGGAUCCCGACCAGUUCCUUUCGCAGAUGGGCUUCGAAACUGAAGUUAUUAAGAAGAUUAAUAUCACUCAGGCCCGCAUCACCCACAGCGCAGAAAGCAGCGUGGACAGUGCAGCCGAGUCGUUAGUGUUCGUGCGAGGAGCAGACGCGCAGGCGCUGUUCAACUUCCUGCUGAACUGCAAGUCCAUCGUCAGCCCCACGGGACCCUUCGCCGGAGUGCCGCCGACGUUACUGUCGCCCACCGCCUUCCAUGGAGGGACGUUGCAGUCUUUGAAAGUGCGAGAAAACACGAUACAUUCCGAUAGCAAUAAGUAUUACUCAAUAGAACUGCGAGGUCCGAUAUUACCGACGACUUUGCACACGUUGUUCAACGUGCUGAAGACGAGCUCAUCAGCCCAGUUCAGCGCCACCUUCGCGCAUCAUCAGCCCACGCUGGCCUUCUCGUGGGCUGCCAGUAAUAUUGCUGAAGACGAAUCAUCAAAAGAAAACGAGCCAAACCAUUUCGCCAAAGCUUUCAACAAAGAGAAUCUGUCAGACUGCGGCAUCAGUGAGGAGAUGCUUCAACAUUUCUGUUCAUCAGACCCCAAUGUUAUCAAACCCUUAGAUUGUGUGAAAUACAAUACAGACGAUGAUACUUACAUGUGGUGAUAUUUUGUUAGCCUUUACUGUUGUGACUGUUUUUCAAUCGUAUUUAUAUUGUGAUCAUGAAUUAAAUGAUAAUUUUGUACA